CCAACCUCCUUGCCGCGAGCAUGUGCUGAGAAAAAUUAGACCAAUUAAUGCAGCGCGCAUCCCAUCUCUCGUGCCCGCCCGCUCUGAGAUUCGCUUCCUUGAUCUUUCCUGCAGUUUGUACGCGUGACCAAUUGAUUGAUGACCUGACUGUGCAUCUGUUCAGGCUACUAACCGACGAGGUCUGUACUCGUUGUGUUAGCAAGGCGACGAGGCUUUCGGGAGCUGAAGUACCUGCCUACUUAAUUUCUCUCAUCGUUUUCGUUUUAUUUGCAGAAGCCUUUGUUCGCAUUCUGCCUUUUCAUUGAGGCUUGUCUCAUUUUGUCUAAGAAACUUUUGAUCUGCAUCAAUUCUGCCCCCCUGCAUCUACUCCCCCACUAAAGGGGUGUCGCUCCUUGGAGCCGUUUCCUUGUCGCACGCAGCCUUGACGACACUGGCGAAAUCGGCGACACCGUACGUACAGCAGAACAAGCACCAAUUCUCGAUCGGUAAACCCAGACCACGCGCAAUAGCGACAGAACAAUCAAUAGCCCACCAAAGAUUUCAGAAUUUUCGACAGACAGCAACUACAACAUAGACCGCCAUCGAAAUGAACAACGACUGCUGACCCUUGCUUGGCUUCUCUUUUUUUACUUGGCGCGUUCUUGGUCCCUUGGAACAUGCUUGGAAGAGGGCAUCACAGGCCUAGCAUAAAUCGAAUCGUAGGAUGAAUGGCGCCGGUCCGAGGAUGGGCUACGGCUACGAUGCCGCUGGCCCAACUCCCCCUUCAUCGCAAACUUCGUCGGCUAUUGCCCCAAGCGGCAAGAUCCUCAUGGACGGGUACAGGAACGACAUUAUGGGUGGCUUAGGCACUAGUCAACCUCGCUAUAAUCCGAUGAACCUGGACCGAACGCAAAGCUCCGUACUCGUCGAUCUCAACGACCCCAUACAAGUCCACCUCUUGACCGAAACCGCCCUAUCAGACAGCAAGGAGUACGAGAUUUUGUCGCAGGAGGAGGUGGAUAGCCUGAAGAAGCAGGUCACCUCAUUGACGCAGCGCAUAGAGCAGGCCCGCGCAAACCUGGCCGUGCAAUCCAAGUAUCUUGAUGCGGCAAGGUCCAUGGCCAAGCUGUACUCGACCAAGAAGAAGGGCGCACUUCUGGGCAAUGUCAGGACUAGUGUGGAAGGCUCUGCAAAGGAUGCUGAAGCCGAGCGUCAGGCUUGCGAGAAGCGGUGUGAGGACUUGGCAUCGGAGCUUUUCCAGCUGGAGCGCCGCUUAAUGGAGCCACAGCGGCGGCUAUUCCAGCACACAGCCGGCAUCUUACAGCUUACCCAUCGAGCAUCCAAGAACCCGAGCUCGUUGGCAGAUGGUGCGAACCAAAAUGGCAUCCCGGGGAGCCCGGAGAGCCUCUACACCUAUAACAAUCUUCGUUACAGCAUCGCGGAGGGUUCGACCGAGGACGCUUUCUUUGACGACCGGAGUCUCUACAUGACCCUGGAGGAGCUGGACGAGAGAUCGGGACGUCCCACGGCGAAUCGCGCAAACGCCAUUGCCAUUCCACUAAAGUCACCCGUGAGGGAACAGACGAACCAGCUGCGCGAGGAAUCUGAUCGUCUGAAAAUGGAGCGAGAUCAACUUCGCGCGACUGUCGACUCAGUGCAACUCGAAAUGGACGCGCUACGGAGAGAGAGUCAGGAAAAGCUAAAGCUAGUGUCUCUAACUGAGCGUAAGUUGGAGGGACUGAGUCGACAGCUGAGGGAUCUCAUCGUGGAGCUGAACCCCACGAAGAACAACGGAUAUCAAAAGGCGCCGUCGGGAAGCCUGGAACCGGGUGAUAUGAUAGGCAGCCAUCUGGAAUUUCUGGCAAAGGGUCUCGUAAAUAUUCAGGAGGAACAACGCUCGAUAGUUUCUCAGAACUCGGAGGGCUCGAGGGAUGCCGAGAUGGCAGCAUCUAGAGCCGCAGCGACCGUGUCCCAGGCUGAAGACAGGUUCAUUGCUAUAAAUCGCCAGCUCCACAAUGUUCUUCAGUCGGCGAACACCAGUCAACGGCCAGGGCCGGAUGACUUUGGGCUUGAUCUUGAUGCUCAGUUCAACUGGCUGCAGGGAUCCAUAGGAGUGAUUGAGCUCCAGCUAUCACAGGCCGCCACAGCAUCUUCGGCAUCAUCUGCAGACAAGCAAAAGUUUAUCCAGAUGGACUCGAUUUUACGAGACUUGUGGAACGUCAUCCAGAGCGGUUAUGCAGAAAUAAACAAACGACAGGAGGAGAGGCGAAAGAACCGUGAAGAAGCCGGUAUUAAAGACGACGACGAGGACGCUUCAAGUGACGAGGUUCCGUUCAGUCCCACCGAGGUGUACUCGCUACAAGCCUUCCAGGAUAAGGUUCAGUGGCUGUACGCGCAGGCGACCAAUUUGAGGGAGCAAAAGUCGGUCCUCAAGAGGCAAAUAAAGCAGCAGCGUGAGCUGAAUAGUAAGUCGGACGCGCAAAAGGAUGCGGAACUCGCCAGCAAGAUGGACGAGUUGUCCGACAUACGCACCAUGCUCCAGGCCAGCGACAAAGCAGCUCAGGAGAGCCAGCAGAAACUGGCACAAGCACUCAAGGACUUGGAGGAUAUGAAGCAGCAGCAGUCGGUCAGCAUGGCAAACGUCAGCGCAUCGACCAAGGAGCGGGAUGAGAAACUACAGAAGAGCGAGGCCCAGAUAUCAUCUCUUCAGGCUGAGAUCAAAGAGAGGGAGUCUCAGAUAGCAGCUCUUCAAGCACAGAUUCAAGAAAGGGAAUCCCAGGCAUCAGCUCUCCAGGCACAGAUCCAAGAGAGGGAUUCCCAGACAACAGCAUCACAGUCUCAGCUGCAGGAGAAGGAUAGUCAGAUCGCUGCUUCUGCGCAAAGGCUGCAAGAACGGGAGAAUAGACUGGCAGCGAUUUCGGAGGAUCUCAAAGCUCGAGACGUGCAACUAGAAGGUCUUAGGAUCAUCAGCCAGGACCUGCAAGAGAAGCUUGACCAGGUCGAGAAAGAACUCGAGUCUGUAGGUGCGCAACUGCAGGCCGCCACCGAGGCCAAGGCUACCGCCGAAGCUGCCGCAGAAAAGCUCGAAAAGGAGGCCAAGGAGAAAGAAGAGGAGCUUGAGCGCCUGAACGUAAUGGUGAUUGAGGUUAAGACGGAACUCACCUUUGCCAAGGCUGAACUCGACGGGGCGUAUGGCUCCCGGUCGCAGAGGGCAGCAGAGGUGGCGGCUCUGGGCAGCACAGCAGAGGUAUCGGAUCUCAAAACGCAGCAAGAGAAGCUAAAGGCAGAGCUGGCCAGCACCUUGUCGGAAUUCGAAGCCCUUACCAAAGAUACCAUCACGGCAGAGCGGGAGCGGUUCGACCUUGAGGGCAAGCUGGACGAUGCUCUCGCUGCCAAGGCCUCGCUCGAGACCGAGGCUGCCGAGCUCAGAGACAAGCUUGACAGGGAGGUCAGCAAAUUACAAGAUCAGCUGGACGCUGAGAGGCUCAAGGCUACGUCCAUUACUGGGGCGCCUGGCUCGCCGAGGCCAGGCGCAGGUGCAUCCAUGUUGAGCGAGCAGUUCAGGGCAACGAUGAAGGAGGAGAGGCGGAAGUUUCAAGAAGAGUUGCGGAACGAACAAGCUCAACGGAGAAAGCUCGAGGACGAGAUACGUGCACUCAAGAGAAGUCAAGGCCCCGGCAAGAGCCCUCUGAGUCCCAGGUAGGACCUGAAUCCAGAGGGCGGCAAUUUUUACACCGCUGCCAUGCGCGUGCCAACGAAGAAGCUCUUCUUUCCGCAAGAGGCCGACCGGCUGUGCGUUCCACGAAUCGGGCCACGCAGUCGUCGGGGCAUCGCUACAAAAAUUCAUGUAUGACCAGAUGUUGUUAUGAUCCUCUAUUCUUUGUCUUUUUGGGAAGCCUAUAUAUUUUCUACCCCCCUGUGUUUCUGGUCAGGCACCUUGGAUGGAUACCAGGCGAUUCAGGUGUACAUCUUAACCAUGUUUGGCCGUCACGAACCCAAAAUCUCUUUUAUUUUUUCUUUUUCUUUGUACCCUUUGGAUAUGGGCUUUUUUGUCCUGUUUCAUGAUCCCGAGGACUUAUUCUAUUUCUUAAUUCGGAAGUUGGAUACUCUCAACUUGUGUAUAACUUGGCCGUUGAAGUCGUUUUGGGAGGCUGGCGUUGCCAAGUAAAACGGUAGAGGAUGCAUCGGAGUGGGGCUGAAAUAAUAAAGCAUGAUGGGACUCCA